GGAUUUUCGUCGCUCGUUUGUUCCGUUUCCUUGGAGACGCUUUUGGCUAUCGCCGUAGAACGAUAUAUUAAGAUCGCACACGAUCUGUCCUACUCAAAGAUCAUCACCAAGUUCAGGCUGAUCGCUAUCAUCAUCAUCAUCUGGACUAGUAAUGCCGUUCUACAUUGUAGUAUUUUCAUUUGGAACAAUUACGAUUUGACGACGAUUUUCCAAAUCUGUAAACCUGUUAACGUCGCAAAAACAGCUUAUCUUAUCGUUGCCAUGUCAACCAUAGUCGUUGCUAUGGGCAUAAUUGCUGUUCUAUAUGUGAAGAUGUUUCUUACAGCUCGGAAGCAGAGGAAUGAAAUCGUCGCCGGAAAUGUAAGUAAUGAUGCCGCGUGUAGUACAACAAGGGACACGGAGUCAAUGAAAACGAUGGCUUUAGUAAACGGACUUCUUUAUAUAUUUUGGGCACCGUUGUUUACUUUAGUAUUUGCCCAGUGGUGGUUUGACGACGAAACUGUACACUCAAGUUGGUUCAGACACGUGUAUGCGAGUUUUGAACUUUUUCUUGUCGGAAACUCGUUUGUUAAUCCAAUUGUUUAUGCAAUCAGGAGCAAAGAUUUCAAGGAUUCAUUUAAAAGACUCCUCAGACUGUAAACAUUUGGGCUGUAUUUGCGUAUACACGCGUGUGCAAUUCACUCGCACAGCACUUCUUAAAUCCAGUAGGUAUCACGAACAAGAACAAUAAGCUCCGCGAUGCAAAUUGCAUGCUCAUAUGCUUUCAACUACAACAGCUCAUUCCGCUUUCCCAACUUUUUCAGCACACUCGUUUCGGCCAAUCGCAGGUGCACCACAGGAGUACAAUAUUGCAACACACGUUGGUGUCUUUGUGCGCUAAGAUGAGUCGUAUUUGUUUGAAACAUGCCACCAUGCAAAACACACCGUGGAGCCCAUUGAUCUUUUUCAUGAUAAGGCUUAUAAAGUGACAUCUAGGGACAGCAACAUAUAUUUAAAUGUGGUAGCUUGAAGCUAUGUACAGAGAAGUCAAAUUGAGCCGGAACUAUAUGAGAUAUUACAUGGAUAUUUUAUUUCUUUCUGUGAAAUGUUGAUAUACUGUAUUAAUUAAAAUGUCGUCAUUGUUGUUUUUGUAGGUACAUAUACUAUAUGCUUAUGUUUAUAUCUAUUAACAUACAAGCAGUGAUAUUAUAUAUUUUUUCAAAAUUGGUACCAAACGAUUAACUUGUAUAGUUGUAUCGGCAUUAUUGUUUAAUCACCAGC